AUGACAUUCCUUCCCCGACGUUAUCUUCGUCCCCCACGAUCUUUUCUGCAUCCACAUUCGCGCCUCCCCAAUUUAUGUCUCGCUUUCCUGGUGUUAUUCCUACUCGAUGCUUAUUGGAUCAUCAUUCAUCUUUCCGAUCCAAUACGUACCAUCACGCCUCCUUAUUCGGCAAUUGAUGCCUCGAGUUUGACGUCAAAUGGUCAUGAAGCCCUCACAUUAUCACAUCAGGAUUCUUUAUCGACGAAGAGGAUUGGAGGGGUAGAGGGGGGUUCAUCAUCAUCUGAUGAUAUUGAAAAUGAUCAAGCCUUUUUGGGAUCUAAACCACAAUUUGGAAAUCCCAAUAAUGAAACAAUUUAUAUAGCCGCCAUAUUUCGUCGAUCUGAAUUAAUGCUCCGAGAAAAUUGGUCAUCAGCUCUCAUAUCUCUAGUUCAACACUUGGGUCCUCAGAAUGUCUAUGUCUCAAUUAUAGAAUCUGGUUCUUGGGAUGGAACGAAAGCGGCAUUGAUGGAUUUAGAUGGGAUGUUGGGUGAAGUGGGGGUAGAGAGGACGAUUGAUUUGGGUACGGAUCGUGAGGGUCAACUUGAGGAAUUGAAACAUGUACCGGCGAAAGGGGAGGAUAGAAAGGAUUGGUUGUAUACGGGGAGGAAUGAGAGUGAAAGUGGGUGGGAGAUGAGACGGAUACCGUAUUUGGCGAGGUUGAGAAAUAAGGCUAUGGAUCCUUUGUUGAGAUUGUGGGAUGAGGGGAGAGGGAGGAAGUUUGAUAGGGUUUUGUGGAUUAAUGAUGUGAUUUUUACGACCACCGACGUAACCACUCUCCUCUCCACCAACAAUCACUCCUACGCCGCAGUCUGCGCUCUCGAUUUCUCCCAUCCCUCCCAAUAUUACGACACAUUUGCCCUACGGGAUUCCCUAGGUCGAAAAACCGCCUCGCUUUCCUGGCCCUAUUUUUACGCAUCGCAAUCUCUGGAUGCGUUGAAAAAGAAUGAGCCCGUACCAGUCAAGAGCUGUUGGAAUGGAAUGGUAGUUUUCGAUGCAGGGGCCUGGUAUCCUCGAAAUUCAGAAGAAGAUGGAGGGAAAAAUAAAUUUGAAGGACUGAAAUUUAGAGGUGUAUCGGAUUCCUUGGCUAAAUAUCAUGUAGAGGGUAGUGAAUGCUGUCUGAUUCAUGCGGAUAAUCCAUUGAGGGAUGUGAUGGGGGUUUGGGUUAAUCCAAAUGUUAGGGUGGCGUAUAAUAAGGAGACGUAUGAGGUGGUUAAUUCGGGAAAGGGGUGGCCGGGGAGGUGGAAAAGUGUUAAGGGGGUGUGGGGGGUGAGACUGGGGUGGGCGAGGGAAUGGGGGGCGGGGUGGAUGGAGAGGGGGGUGGUGGACCGGAGGGUGAGGAUUUGGGUUGGGGAGGGGAGAAAGGGAGGAGAUGCGGAUGAGGAGAUGAGUGAAGAAAGAGAGGAAAAGGGGAUGGAAUGCUUGAUCAAUGAAAUGCAGGUCUUGUUUCAGAGUGGAUGGAAUCAUAUUUGA